AUGCGAUUGGUUGGAUGCUUGUUGCUGCCGACAGAUAUCCGGGCUUGUCUGUACGAACCAGGAAUGGGUGAAGGCAGUGUUCAGCCCCGGGUUCAAUCCCGGGCCGGGCCCCGGCAGACCCAUCACUCCGGGCAACCCAGGUCGCUGGUGAUGAGGGAAACCGGCCACAUAGUCCAUCGCCACCGCUUGGUAUGGCAACAUCGUCACAGAGUCAACUUAAACUACAGUCUCUUCAAGAGCGCGCACAUUUUGAAAUUUCAAAAAUCGAAUCCAUUCUCGACAGUCCACAGACCGUCUUCGCUACAGAUUAGACGUGACCGGCCGUGUACUGUCCGAUUUUCACGUACGGAACGCGCGGCCGAUUAUCGAAAACAGUUGCACGCGACCCCCUCUCGCGACCUCGGACGUGCAACUGAGGCUGAGCACGCGCCAAACGAGACUCUAUUGCCCUCGUCCUAG